CGUUCGGCGUGGAACCCCUCGGGGUGAGGGGAGGGGCCGCAUGGACACUUCCUCUUCUGAGAGGGGCUCAGCCGUAUCCCGUCACCCUGGGUCCUUGUGGGGGUGGCCCGGAAAGCAGACCAGGUCCUCCACAUACGAUUCCACCUGUCACAUUGCCCAAGAGAUUGCUGAGAAAAUCCAGCAACGAAACCAGUAUGAAAGAAACGGUGAAAGCACAACCAAGCUUACCGUGACAAUCAGAACUUUGUUGCAGAAUCUGAAGGAAAAGAUCGCCCUUUUGAAGGACUUAUUGCUAAGAGCUGUGUCAACACAUCAGAUAACGCAGCUCGAAGGGGAUCGAAGACAGAACCUAUUGGAUGAUCUUGUAACUCGAGAGAGACUGCUUCUGGCGUCCUUUAAGAAUGAGGGUACAGAACCCGAUCUGAUCAGGUCCAGCCUGAUGACUGGAGGGGCCAAGCGAGGAGCACCCAACCCCUGGCUCUUGGAGGAGUCGGAGGAGACCAGAGGCCUGGGUUUCCAUGAAAUCCAGCAGCAGCAACAGAGAAUCAUCCAAGAACAGGAUGCAGGCCUUGAUGCCCUCUCCUCCAUCAUAAGCCGCCAAAAACAAAUGGGUCAGGAAAUUGGGAAUGAAUUGGAUGAACAAAAUGAGAUAAUUGACGACCUGGCCAACCUGGUGGAGAAUACAGAUGAAAAACUCCGCACUGAAACCAGACGUGUGAAUGUGGUGGACAGAAAGUCAACGUCUUGCGUGAGGCCCCAAAAGAGCUGGACCGCGUCUCUCUGCAUUCGAAGGAACUGACCCUCAGCAGACCCUCAGUAAACAUUUGUCUACAUCCUGGUGUAGGUCAGUACAAUUCUCUUGGGGAGAUCUCAUACUGGGACAGUUGGCCAACACGUCUGAGCCCUUAUUUGGAACCUGAUUCAGUCUGGGCUGGCGAGAUGAGCUCCCCGGCCGAGCGUCCCCGGUGUCUCGGGCUCUGCCCACUGCCCCAGAGCCACCUGGCACCUGGGGAGGCACUGGCCUCCUGCAGCCCGGAACCCAGGCCCCGGGACCUGCCGUUCGCUCGGCCUCCAUCCAGCUCCUCUCCCCAUCUCUCGCAGUCUUAAUUCCUUUUCAUUUCCUGUUUCUAGGCAAAUCUUCCCCCCCCAACCCCCACUCCCUUGAGGUCACCUUCCCCUGAUUUCGGCUUCCUGCCUGAGAAGGCUCUCCCGCUCUCUGGCCCCCAGAUGUCUCUCUCUGUACCAGCCUCUUUUCCGACAGUCGCUGCCUUCUUUUUAGAGUUGAUUCUUUUCAAGUUUCUGUGUUAACACAGAGCAUUACCUCCUGUUUGGGGUACCGGGUCAGGGGCCAGGCAGGGGGAGUUGGACCAGACGGGGUGCCCCUCUCCUCCCAGGGACCCUCGGGAAAGGUUCUGCACUGGGCUUCCGCUCCAGAGAGUGACUGCCUCAGAAAACACCACCCUUCUUCCCAUCAGGAAGCUUAUAGUUUUCAAGAGAAGGUGCUGAGUGUUUUGGAACUAGAGGUCACAACACACAACAUGGUGAAUUAAAUGCCACGGAGUCGUUCGCUUUAAAAUGGUUAAUUUUAUGUUGUGUGCAUUUCACCCCGAUUCCUAAAACUUACACACACACAAAAGAAGACAAAGAAAAGGAAAAGAAAGGAGCCAGCGUGUAGUCAGCAGCAGCCAAUAGGCCGGACCCUCUGCAGACAAAACGGCGUGUCACCCCUGCAGCCCUGGGGAGCUGUGUGAUCCCUCAUUUGAGCCAUGACGAGGCCGUGAUGACGAGACAUUGGUGACCUGUCCCAGGGCUGAGGCGUGUGCACGUCCGUCCUCUUCCUGCCAUGCUGCUCCGAGGCUGCGGUCUUUGGGAAGGCAGAGGCUGUUGAUGACGUCCAGUCAGCAUGACAUAAAGCCAAGAUAAAAUUAAGAUCUGUUUAAUUCAAGGGCUUCUUUGUUUUCAGUCAGAACCAAAACACAGGCAGAUUCUACUUGGCGACGAUUCUUUGCCUCUCCUUGUAUUUCUUUAAGGAGUCCCUGGGCCACUUCUGCAUCAUCAGCCAUGGUUUCCCGUCUCCGUCCUGCAGGCUGCCUCCCCCCAUCCUGAGCCCCUGGCUUCUCGAGGCCGGCCGAGCUCCAAGAUUGUGGCCAAUUGCCCCCAACCAGUUCUGUUGACCUUGGCGGGGUGCGUUCAAGGACAGUGGCGGGGAGGGGGCACCCUGGGUUAGACACAAGUUGAACUGGUUUCUAGCCUCAGCUUGUUUGCUGCCUCUGGACUAUGUUACUUGACAUCUGAACCCCCAUUUUCUUAGCUAUAAAUUGGGGGAAAUUGUUACCCUAUCAGCUUCAUGGUGAGAAUAAUACGGGAUUAGAAUACUGUAAACAUUCCUUAGCACAUGUACCUCACGGGAGUAAUAGCAGCUCUUAGCGUUGUGAAUUCUAUGCUGCUUGUUACACUGCUGUUAUUAAUAUUACUAUUUUUAUCAUUAUCAUUAUUUGUGCCAGCCUAUCCAGACUGCUUGGACACCCCAACCCCUGGGGCCCCUCUGCCCCUUCUCCACCAGAAUCGAAUGUGCUAUGAUGUCAGGCACAAUUGCAGAGCCGCCCUCCUGUUUGCUACCAGAUCAUCUAGGUCUGGAAAGAGCUUGCCUUCGCUCGUUCCCCUUUUGGUUUACUUUAACCUCCCUCUUCUCUGGUCCGUGACCCCAUCCUAAACGCGUAGCCUGCCCUGACCUUCACUUCCUCAAAGGCCUCUCACAUCCACGUUUUCACAGCUCCUCUCACCUGGCGUCCACUUGGUUGUGCUCCGCUGGCCUUUUGACUCCAGCCAGCGUCUAGGCCAGAACAGCUGCCCUUCCUGUGGCUAAUAACUUAAACGGAUGCUGCCAGAGGUUCCACUCCGAACUUCCAGCCUCUCCUGGGCGUCUGUCAUCACCCCCGCAGCUCAGCCAGAAUCGGUCCCUCUGUUUCUAAACCAAAUGCCACCCAGGUGUUUCUGUUUUUGAUUCUCUUCCUUGUAUUCUGGAGCACAUGACAUUUUACUUCUGUUGUUAAACGGAGAGACUGGCUCACUCACAGAACAUUUACGGGGCACCGGCAAGAUCCAAGGCACCGUUCUUGGGCGAUGGGUUAUAUAGGGGAUAUUAUCGUAGCUACCAUUCAUUCAGUGCUGGAAGUUUUAUAUACUGCAUCCUAUUUACUGCUCACAAGAAGCCCAUGAGGUCGGUAUUUUUCACCUGCUUUUACAGAUGAUGGAACAGAACUUAGACGGUUAAGAAACCUUCCCAGCUCUGGGAUGCUGUAGCAGAUUUGAAUCUGGGUCUCCCAGAACUCCAAAGCCAGUUCCCUUCCCAUCGCCUGAUUGUGGAGCUCCUGUGGCCUGUGUUAGUAAAUCAUAUCAGAAUUUAAAGAAGGAGGACAGCCAUUUAAGAGCAGCCGCCUGCUGUCAGUACUUCUGUGACCCCAGGGGAGGCUGGAUGUCUCUGGGCUGAGCCAUCCUUACGCAGCAAGUGGAAUCUGAGCUUAGCUACGAGGUGUUGGCCCCCAGGUAGGACGAGAAAGCGGUGGGGUGUAAGCAGAGGGCACAAGAGAAUGUAAGGUCUGUUCGGGGGACGGAGCUGCAGAGAAAGGAGAACAUGGAGGGAAGAGUUACGUUCCAGACUAAGAACCAAAACCCAGCUCAGGCAACCGGGCAAGGCUUUUGCACAGUGUCUCUCUGAAAUCCCUAUUUGGGGAAAAGAAAAUGGUGAACUGCAGGGUAAAAUAGACUCAGGCGCCCCUCUCCCUACUACCCGUGUGGGCUCCCCCCAGCCCAGCUGAGCUGCUGGGCAGUGGGAGAAAAGCUGCUCAUGCCCACGCCCCAGGGCCGGCUGGCAAAGCAAACCCAGCUCCACAGCGGGCAGGCCCAGGCGGCGGGAGACUCUCAAGGGUGACUGCGAUUCUCCAAAGAUUCAACCUGAAACUCAAAAUGUAAAUACAUACACCUUCUCUGCAGGGCGUCUACUCUUUUCUUAGCUUAUUUGCCCAGUAACAGGAUUAAAGGGAACAUUUACAUGAACUUUUGAAAACAAAUAUUCCAGUUUUGUCUGUUCUCCCGCAUAAACUCAGGAGUCUGCUGCAAAAAUGCUGUUUGAUCAGUGAGAACCAACUGGUUAAUUCGUAAGCAAAUGUCACCUAUGGACAGGCACAGCUGGGGGGGGGGCACCCUAGGAGAAUCUUCCUGAGUGUCUUCUGUUGACCUGGAGAGGUCAUUAGCUGCACCGGGAUUGCCUGUUGGCCCUGACUCUUCCAGUGUGAAUAUGUGUUUUGGUUCAAAACAACCAGCAGUAACAGGCAGCCAGUGCGGCUUUCCCUGUGAUAAACAAAACCAGGUAAACAGACUUCCAGAUAAAAUUACCUUCAUUUUCCCUCUCCCCUCCCCACCUCCUCUCCCACCUUCCUUAUCCUUCAUGUGCCCCCUGCAGCUAAAGGGUAGAAGUAGCCAGUACAGGAACCUGCUUUUUCACUCUCUCAAAGGAAGCCAGACUCCAUAUUUUUCCCUCCUCCUCCUCCCAUCGGGAAGGCCUAAGAGCUGUCAACUACGCACAAACUGGCUGAGGUGUUGGCAGCACAGAAUCCAUGAUUUGCCGGUUUCCAGCAUUUCACUGGAAAAAAAAAUAUGGACCAUUCGUCCAGAUGAACAAUCUUCAGCAAACCCAGCGCUGCUCCCGACAGCCUGUGUGUAAUAUCCUUUCCCAGUUUGAGAAGGAGUUUGUUUUCUUACAUCUUUUUUUAAUUGCCAUGAGCUGGACUUGUAAAUAGUGUAAGUGGUUGAGUAAUACUCAUCUGGUAAAGUGACCAAAGGAAAUGGGCAUUUUUUUCCACCCUUGAAACUCUGGCAUCCCAUUCCCCGAGAGGGACACUAGGGUUCUGGAAGGAAAAUCUGCCUUUCCAGGUGCCCGUCUUAGCAGCGGACGGAGCGAAGUGCAGAGAUGAGCCCACGGUCGGGGGUCUCCACAGGUGUUCUGUGCCGGGGCUGGGGGCAGAGAGCACUCAUUGUUUAAGGAGUUGGCAGGUUCCCAGAAGUUCCACCGUCUGUCCUCACUCUGAAAUGUCAAACAUUUUCGUAGCUGGGGGGUGGGUGACUAGAACCCCUGAGGUGUAAACGCUGUUCUGAGGCAAAAGAAAUAAGUUCCCUCUUUCGUGCGUGGCUGAGCCCUGCUCAAGGCCUUCUUGUGCCCCUCUGGCAGGACAGUCCCCCACGCCUUGUGGGCUGGAGCCACUCUCCUGGAUCUGAAGUGUUAGAGGUUCC